AUGCCAGCCCCAAGUCGAGAGGUUUAUCUCUCAAAGGAUUCAGGGGAUGCACCCUACUUGAUCGCUCAGGAUAUACCCCGAGCAGCAAUCUACAUCCCAGAUUCAUUUUCGCUUGGCUACAUAGAAGGGUCAGCGUUUCCCGCCGGAAAGACCUUCCACUUCAACUUCGGCAAGCUAGGCUCUGCCAUCUCCGUCGACCCAGCAUGGGUGAACCUUUCACAAGCAUCAGUAUCCGACGCCCAAGUGAACGCCGAGUAUGCCGCAAAUGCAAUCAACUACAUCGCCACACUCAUCGGCCAAAGCGGACUAGACAUCCAAUGGGCGCAGAGAUACUGGCCAUCGACACGAACCGUCGUGAUAGACUUCAUCACAAGAAGUCCUGACUUCCCCGGCACGUUAGUUGGCUCCCUUGUCUACCCAGCCCUAGAAGCAGUAGUAUGCACACCAUCACGAUUCCAGCAAGGAUGGGAUAGCUCGUUUAUCCACACGCUACGCGCAGACGGAGGCGACUCCGCCUACGUGUCCACAACAACCGCGUACUCGACCUUCGACGAGAUCGUCCAACCAAUGUCCGGACCCAGUGCGUCAGCCAUCCUGAGCGAUGUGCGUAGUGUCGGCGGGACAAACGUCCACCUCCAGAAGGAGUGCGCGGCGAAGCCCGCCGGUGCCGUCUAUACCCACGAGGGCGUGUUGUACAACCAGCUUGCUUAG